CAGACCGUGCACAUCGCGCUAGAGGACAUGUGACAACUUAACAGCAAGCGCAGAGCUUGCCCUGCCAACCAAGCCGAAGAGAUUAUUAUUGGAAGCAACUAACUCGCCGAAAACUCUCAGAUUCCCAUUAAAAGGGACAUACGCACCAAAGCAAGACGUCAAUCCUAUCAAACUACUGUCUUUAUUGCCGCAAAAUAUGCUUGCAACCGCUAGACGCCGAGGUUUGGUGCACAUAUAUCACUCCUUAAGUCGCGGGUCUAUCUCACGCUGUUUAAGAGGAUUGAUCAGAAGGGCAAAAUGGUUUGUCCUUGUCUGUCUGGUCGGCUUUGUCAUCUUUUUUCGCACUCAAUACAAUCUUCAAAUCAAUACGGAAGACUUCACUCAAAUACACGUACCACAUGUACAGAACGAGUCCAUUUUGGUGCAUGAAGUCGAUGACCCUUAUGUUGGAAGUCAACAAAUGCAACAUAACUGCUCUGAAUGGUUCGAAGACAACUUUCAUUUGAAUAUUGAACGAGUAAAAUUGUACCAGAACAUGCAUGAUAAACGCGUCAACAACACACUGAAGUCGUCGGAGCACUUCCAGGAUGUGCGUUUUCCGGUCAUCGUUACGGCUGCCAGCCGAGAUUUUUUCGACAUAAGUCAAGGUCUUAUUCAGAGUAUCUACGUUCAUCUUGUACCAAAAUAUGAAGAUGUGAAGCUCAUAUACUACGACAUGGGACUCACUGAAUUGCAACGAAACAUUCUACUUAAACACUGCAAUAUUUGCAGUUUAGUAACGUUCCAGUUCCAAAAUUAUCCUCCCCACGUGCGGAAUUUGAAGACCUAUACAUGGAAACCUCUUAUUGUCAAGGAGCUCCUUCAGAACUUCUCGUGGGUGUGGUGGGCAGACACAUCAGCGAGAUUUUUAUCAAAUGACCUCGACGUUGCCCUGAAUUAUAGCAUACGACAUUCUAUUCUUUUCUUCACGUAUGGGGAAUCACUCUCUAUAGCACAGCACACGGACACACGAACAAUGAAGUACCUUGAUGAAGAUUAUUGCAAGUUUCGGUAUUUCGGUGAAGUGGAAGCGAGUUUUGUUUUGUUCCAUUUAGAUGACGUCACAAAAUUUGUUGUGACGACAUGGAGCUCGUGCGCUCUCGUGAAAGAAUGUAUGUGUCCACCGAAUGCAAACUUAGCUUGUUCCUCUAAAAACAGUACUGACGGACAAUGUCAUCGUUAUGACCAGUCAGUUUUAAGUAUAAUACUCAGAAGACUUUUUCACAAGCAAAACAAUUAUCCUCUCGUUGAACAACCAAUCAGAAUACACACACUGAAACGAGGCAAUACAGUGAAAUUCUUUCCUACAAUGGCAUGAUUAUUUUGAACGUGUUUAUUUUUUAUUAUUUUUUGUUUCAACCGAGUCAUGGUGAGCUAUUGUGUCCGCAUUUUGCCUGUCGUCCAUCUUCAAAAAUGGCUUCGAAUAGCGCCUCCUUCUAAACCACUGGACUAAUUUGUAAAAAGGAAGCCAUUUUGGAUAACAUUUGAAAAUCCUCAUAAACAUGGACGUGUAUUCAGAAAAUGUUGGCCCACUUUUCUUUUUAAAUUUACUAUGUUCUUUCAAGCCCUAUGAUGGUUCAUUAAAACAUGGCUUCCAAGAACUUGUCCUUAUACGGCAAUGUAGGUAUAGAAUUGAAAACUGCAAAGAGAAGAGAGACUCAGAAAAAUAUAUUCUGUAGAAUAUGUAUGAUUGUUAGCAGUACUCUUGAUCAUUUUUUAAUUCAAAUGUUUUUCGUCAUUGCUCUGAUUUACUUACUUUAAUUUUCAUUACUUAUAUUAUCAGAUGAAGUAGAUACUGGUUAACUAACUUACACGAGCAAUUUUCGAUAAUCGGACAUUUCGGGUUGUGUCGACCCUAAAGUCACAGCAAGUUAUGACCGACCCUCACGUCACUGCCACCAUACGACAAACCCUUCAGUCACCGUCAUCUUCCGGUUGACCCUUAAGUCACUGCCACUAAACUAACGACCCUUAAGUAACUGUCAAACUUCGACCGACCCUUCAGUUGCUGCCAUCUUCCGGCUGACCUUAAGGUUACUGCUACUUUACGGACGACCCUUAAGUAACUGUCAUCCUAUAUAUAUUGAAAUAUAAUCGGCAACAGCGUAAUGACUUUAAAAUGUGCAGAACUUCAAUUUGUUAUUGCUAUUCAUCAUAUUACUACUUUCAAUAACUAAUUCUAAUCAUAAUGUUGUAAUAAACUUGUUUCAAUUAAAUCAUGUGAC